UAUAGAAAUGUACAAUUUGAUUGCAAAGAAAUUCAAAGCCAAAUACUUUUUUUCUAGGAAUACAGAUUACAACAUGUGUUUAUAGAUAACAACAUUUAAGAAAAAGUGAUAACAAAGCUUCUGGAUAUCUGUAAUAAAAAGAAACUGCGUUGCAAGAAAAUCAGAGUUUAGGUGGUUUCCUCUAGCAGUAAGGUAUACUGCUCAAUUCCACCCGACCACAACUUGUACUGCGAUCGAAACUUAAAGGAGACAAAGCAUACUCCGAUUGUUCGACGACGUGGUAGGCCAACUACGUUUUGGUGUACUUUCCCCUUUGAUGGUGGCAGCACAUGGGGCACAGGGUGGGGAUGCUUCAAAUGCUUAAAAGGCCUUCCAACGUCCUUGUGACACGCAGUUCUCGAAUAGAACGUAAUAGCACCCUGUUGAAGUACAGUAGUUAGUAUCUUAAAAGUGCGACAGAAUUCUAAUUCAAUUUUUGCGGGAACAUUUCAUUAUAGUAAUUUGUGAUACGAUCACGAUAAUAAUAAUCAAGAUACCAGUGUUACAUUGAAAUCAAAAUCUCGAUAAGUUCAACAUCAUCGUAAUAAAAAAUCAUCAGGAUUUUAGUGAAGAAGAAGAAGAAGUGACUUUUCAUUUGAAUUCAGAGUUUUGCAUUUUUUCAAUUCAGUGAGCAGUGAAUGGACCAAGUGAUUAUCAACAGUUUCAAGUAUAUCGUAGCCGCAACAAGUAAAUACCGAAGAAAUGCAAAAAGGAGGAAGUGUCCAGAUAUUUGCGUCGUUCCUUUUGCUGGUCUUUUUUGUGUCACCAUCCUCGACUUGGGCCCUUACGACGUUUGGUAAAACCAACCCCCAAACUCAAAAUCAAAACCCUCCACCACCGCCUACCCCAGUGGGAAAGGCCCGGGAAUGUAAAUUAGAAUCCGAGUGCGCUGGUAUUCAAAAUACAACAUGUAUGGCAGAUCCUCGAGAUGGAAGGACGCGUUGCCUAUGCGGUGACUAUUCUGCGCCUCUUAAUGGCGCGUGCACUAACAAAUAUAAAGCUCUACACACAUCAUGUAACGAAGAUUCCGAAUGCAUUGAUGGCGCACAUUGCGUGCAACGAAACGCGACCAUGUCUGGAAAACGUUGCUAUUGUCAAGAAGGAUAUUACGAAGAAAACCCUUUGGUUUGCAACGGUAGUGCAUCCUCCAACCUUACGAUUCACAUAGUUCUGUUAGUUACUUUAAGCCUUUUAAAACAAAACCUUAAUUUCUUGUAAGUUGAAACAUUAUUCUCAAUAUGAUUGAAUUUGGUUAAUUUCAAAGUUGUGUACAUUUUUUUGGAAUAUGAAUCAAUCAAAAAUAUGAUAUUAUAUAUGUAAUAUCAAGAAUUAAUUUUACAUCAAACACAAUCCAAAUAACUACAAUAAUAUAAUUUUUAAUAAUAUAAUAUAAGUCAAUGAAGUCAAUCAUAUACUAUAAAUUAAAUUUAAAAACUAUAUUUGAAACAGAUUAUUUAUAAACGAAAUAAUCUACUAUAUACAUUAUAUAAAACCUUUAGAUAAAAAGCAAUAUAUGUAUUUAUAUGACAUUGCUCUCUUAAUCCUUUAAUUUUCAAUCUUCUCAGAAUUUUGUCCUUGUGCUUAUUUCAAAUGAUGUUUUACUUUAUCUAUUUCUAUUUUUAAAAAUCAAUAGCAAUUUUUUUCAUUCAGGUACAGACUUAAUGUUUGUUGCCUAAAACAUAUUUUCAUAUUUGUGAACUAUAACAUAAUGUGAUUUAUAAUUAUUUAUAAUAUCAGUUAAUCUAUAACAAAAUCAUCUAUUCUACCAUAUAAUAAGAGCGUAAUUAAAAACAUGCAUGAUAUCACAUUAUCAUUUGAAUCAUACCAUGUAAAGACUUUAUAAUAACAUUUAAUGAAAAAUUUUAUGUACAUUUUAUUAUAGUUUCAAUUUCUUUAUCAUACACCAGUUUUAAAUUUACAAAAUCUGGCUCUUAUUUAUGAAGUUAGAUGACAUUAUGUAAUUAAUCAA